AUGAGUUCGCGGAACCCAGAACAAGAAGCUACACCUCGCAGUAGCACACCUAGCACACCUCUCAGCCCGGAAGCAUUCGCUGAAGAUCUACGACUAUUCAAUCGCUCCCCCCAUCCAUACCACAGAAGCCAGCGCCUGGGCUCCCAAACCCCCUCCGAACAUGGCGACCGUCUCCACCCGCUCUCUUCCUACUCAAGGUCCUCGAGGACAACCAGCGACAGCGGCACAGAGGCAGACGAUGAAAGUACCGGUAUCCUAAGAGGAUUACCGGCCCCGCCACUCCGUCCUCGAAAAGGUCUUCGCUCUGGCGGAAAUGGUACCAUCGAUGUCGAUCCUUGGCUGCCUAGCUUGCAACCAUGGCCGUCGUUUGUCCGGCCUGCGUUGCGGGCAUCGCGGCGCAGCUCAGAGGAAGAGAUGGAAGAAGAGGUCUAUGAAGAGAAGCGAAGGUUCAAGCGACAAAGACGCGUGGAAAUCCUCCGCCGGCUAAUGGAAGCUGCGCUUCUGUUAUCUGUGGGUGGUGUAGUCUUGUACCAAAACGGGGCGCGGUCUUUGGCUUGGGAGUGGCGCAAAGAACUCGUUGCUCAUGGCCUGGUGGUCCUGGGUCUUUAUGCCACCUAUCCGCUCGUUGUUCGAGCAUCGGAGGGCCGCAGCUGGCGCAUCUGGCGUAUCUGGUCGUCGAAACGAAGAUCCUUCUCCUUGCCCGCCAGCUUUGAUCCUGCUCCUCUAUUCUAUCCGAUCUUGAUCCCCAUCUUUGUUUCUUUGUCGUUGUCCAACCACGUGCCACCGCUUCUUAUGCCUAAUAUCAUUCUCAGCCUCUCCUCUAUACCCGCGCCCGCUAUUCCGCUUCAGGGCUGGACCCAUGGACUCAGUACAGUUCAUUGGAUGGUGUCCAUGAUUCCUAUUCUUGUUGCGGAACACUUCUCUAUGGACACUACAUGGCCCAAGCCAUUGUCGCUUCGUGGGCUCGACGCGGAAUCUCUAAUACUUCUAUUUCCUUUGCAUCAAGCGUUGAUACCCACUUUAGACUUUUUGUUGACGACUAGCAUUCUUCCUGCCGAGCUGCAACUUUUGACGACUGCUUUGAUCAACUUGUACUUGUUUGCGGCCUCUCCACAGGCGGAGAUUUUGAAAGCCUUGUUAUGGCUUGGUGGCAUGUGUUUGUUUGCUUCUUGUCGACAUAUCCUGCGCUGGGAAGUUGCUUUGGCCCGGAUUCCAAAUUGGAAGUUCCGCCGUGCUCCAAAUAGCGCGCAAUCCGCACGCAAAUUCCUCAAUAUGAUGGACCAUCGACUCUGCGAGAAACUGAGCAGAAGCGGACCUAUACCUUCGGAUGAUACUUUGUCGGACAGUGACGGACCAAAUGGGUAUCCAUUCCCGAAGCCGCGCAAGUCAAGGACUAAGCGCGGAAGUCUCUCUGUUGACCCGCCCACAGAGCUUGUGUCUACGACCGAGAAGAUCGACACGGAGGCGAUUUUCGAGAAGCAAGCCCGCAGCCGACGACGCCAUACUAUUUCAACGUUCGAUGAGGCUGUUCGGGAAGAACGAGUCCGCACUACGCCCAGCGGCCGGCGCAAGAAACUCAUGGGUCCCAGCCUUGCCUCGUUCCUUUCGCUUACUUCGGCCCAGGCGCAGGUCCGCAAAUGGAUGUACGCUUUGUACGUCUAUGUUGCAGCAUUUCUGAUUAUACUGGGGCCUAUCCGGAAAUACGUGGGACAGCAUGCCUUGCAAGGUCAAGAUCCAUUUGGCUGGGCUAUAGGUUAUCUGUUCGGCAACUUCUCGAAUGUUCGCUUUUGGGUGUUGAUGUUGAACCUCGAAUACUGGAUUGAGUUACCACCUCGCCCAGAGAUCGAUAAUUUAAGUGCCUCUUGCUUCCUGGGAUCGAUCGAACAUAUUCGACAGGCCACAUUCGGACCAGCUAUCACCCGUCUAUUACUCAGUGGCUACUGCGUUGUGGUGCUUCUCACGGGCUUGGCUAUUGUAAUCCAGCUCAGCACCAUAGCCGAGGUUGAUACGCGCCGCAAGAUCUUCCACGGCAUGAUGGUGUUGAUGUUCCUUCCUGCCAUCUUUGUGGAUCCAGCCUUCUGCGCUCUGGCGCUCGCCUUGGUCCUCUCGAUCUUCCUGCUACUAGAUCUGUUCCGCGCAUCUCAACUGCCUCCAAUCUCACGUCCACUCACCUAUUUCCUGGCUCCAUACGUCGACGGCCGUGAUCAUCGCGGCCCAGUUAUCAUUUCACAUAUAUUUUUAUUGAUUGGGUGCUCCAUACCACUUUGGUUAUCCCUCUCCGAUCUUCCCCGGGCAGGUCUGGGUCCCUGGGCCGGCUGGGAGGUACCGUCACGCGACGUCAGCAUGGCGAGCGGUGUAAUCUGCGUUGGCAUGGGCGACGCAGCCGCAUCUCUUGUUGGUCGAAGAUACGGGCGACUGAAAUGGUUCUGGGGUGGCGGUAAGUCGCUGGAAGGCAGCAUUGCUUUCGUGGCAGCCGUCACCUGCGGGCUGAUCGCGGUUCGUGCCUGGCUGUUGUUCGGAGGAUGGCCCGUGUCUGGGGUCGAAUCAGCCGACGGGGCAGAUUUCUCCGCAGAUUUCUGGGUCUGGACUUUGAUCAAGGCCAUUCUGGCAGCGGCCGGAACUAGCGCCACCGAGGCGAUCCUCACUGGUUGUAAUGACAACGUCCUAGUCCCAGUGGUGUUGUGGCUACUGGUGCGGGGUCUUGGCGUUUGA